AGUGCGAUGUCGCAUUUUCUCAUAUUGUGGCCUGGUGAGUACACGUUUCGGGAACAAUGGGCCCACUGCAGUGACUGGCCGCGCGAUUGCGGCGUAGCAUGUGGGUGUGGCGCUUUGCAUGUCUGGUAGCCGGGGCAGGCUCCACCGGCAGCCCCUCCGAAUUUGUUUUGAUCUUCGUGCAUCUCCAACCAAACCGUGGUUGGACGAUGUCAGGAGCCGCAAGACCAUCUGGCGGUUCUUACAGAGGUGUGGCCAGCGCAGCUUUUGAAGACAAGCCUGGCGCAAUUGCACCAGCAUCUCCAGAAUUGGUCUUUGAGAUGAGGUCCAUCGCCAGGUUUUGGUUGUUCCUCGGCUUCGUGGGGCUGACCGGAUAUGGUAGCUCCGUUUUGCUGAAGAACAACCGUUUAGAGCAAGACUUCGAUGUGAGCAGAUCCUUGAAGCUCGUGGCCGUGAAGCUUCACAAGGAGAAGGUCUUUAUGCAGACGGUAUGCGGUGCAAUCCUGUUUGGACUUGCCGAUGUUUUGGGGCAAUUUGUGCCGUCCUAUCACGAAAAAUCCAACUUGCAAGAUGGCUACAAGAUAGGCGGCUGGGAUUGGCGCUACACAGUGGCUGUCGUCACUAGCGCCUGUGUCUUUCAGGUGGCUAUCCUUGGCCGAUUCUACGACUAUUGUGAUCAGCGCUUGGGUCCCGCCACAACAUGGCAGACGGCUACUGUUAAGAUGAUCAAGAUGCAAGGGGCCUUCAUACUGGCAUAUUUGCCCUUGGCUGUCUUCUUCUUUGCUCUCUUGAUGUGCUUCAUUUUCGUCAGUUUUGCCGACUCGACUGAAAACUGUGGUGCUUCAGCACUUGCUGGUGCUCCUCGGAACUUAGGGAGCAGCGUCCUCAUGGCGGCUCAAUUGUGGCCAGGAGACUAUUUGCACUCCAUGGCUUUCUGGCCUCCAAGCCACCUCAUCAAUUACGUGCUGAUUCAGCGCUGGUCUCCCAAUUUCCGGCCCAUUUUCGAUGGGGUGGUGGUACUUUCUUGGAACGCCUAUGUUCUGGCGGGUGGAGCCAAGCGCGAGGCCGUUGGGCCCACCCUCUUCGGAGCUGCGCCUGGAGCAACUGACAAGAUCGGCCCGUCGCUGGAUUGCUCCAAGUACUCCGCAGCAGCCUUGCGACAGCGGAUCUUUGGCGCGUUGGGUGAACUGGCAGCCAAGAGCAAGGAAGGUCUCAUCCAGUUUUGGUACUUCAUUUGCCGGACCUCGGGCAGCAGCUGGAAGUGGCUGAAGCACGGAUGCAAUUGGCUGCGUCAGCAUGUGCUUGCACUUGUGGUUUUCGUGUUCAGCAGCCUUUGUUGGUUGGUUGCCUUUGUGCUUUAUUCCAUCGCUUUUGCUCUUUUGUGGAUCCUCACCGGUCUCCGAAUCACUCUGUACUGGCUGCUGGCCAUCAUCAAGGGCGCUGUGAUGAUCUUUUUUUCGAUCCUGGAUUUCAUCAAGAAGUGUAUGGUGGUGUGGUGGUUUUUGCCAGAUGUGGAAACUCUGUGUGCGGGCUGCUACUACUGUGUCCUAUGGCCGAAGGAAGGGCAGUGGCCCAAACAGAUCUGUGGGCCCGCACCAGCCUUCAAUGCGUGGGUGUCUCCCUUCUGCCCUCAUUGCUACUAAAGCGAGCUCAGCGGCGAGCAAACAUUGGCUGCUCAUGUGCUUUGUGCUCUCGAGCUUGGACGCUUCUCAUGAAUUGACGCUUGAC